ACGUCACAGAGAGCGGACGCGACUCACGGCCAGUUCUAGACUGUGCUGAAACUUCACACGGAAAUAAUUUCAAUAUCAAAGCCUCAGCGAUGCGAGCAGAUGACGAUAGCCUCUACCGGGAGCAACUGCCGAAUGUUUGUAACCUUGUCACUGAUGGUGGGCGGAAACUAUGUAGACCCACGACUGUAACCAAUAAAUUUCCCAUACUGAGUUGGUUGCCCCGCUAUCGUACUGAAUACUUGGCUCAAGAUUUUAUUGCUGGCUUUACUGUGGGCCUGACAACCAUCCCACAGGCCAUUGCCUAUGGUGUUGUGGCGGGCCUCGAGCCGCAGUAUGGUCUCUACUCGGCCUUCAUGGGCUGUUUUACGUACAUUAUCUUUGGCUCCUGCAAAGAUGUCACUAUCGCUACCACAGCCAUAAUGGCUCUAAUGGUGCAUCAAUAUGCCAUUAUAUCGCCCGAUUAUGCCGUCCUAGCUUGCUUUUUAGCUGGCUGCAUUAUUCUCGUACUCGGUCUCUUGAAUAUGGGCGUAUUAGUGCGUUUUAUAUCGAUUCCGGUCAUAACGGGCUUCACUAUGUCUGCAGCAACAACAAUUGGCAGCGCACAGAUCAAUAACUUAAUGGGUCUGAGCAGUCCCUCCAACGAUUUACUGCCCGCCUGGAAGAAUUUCUUCACACACUUGACAUCGAUUAGACGCUGGGAUGCCAUACUUGGAGUGUUAACGUUAGUCUUUCUGCUUCUAAUGAAGCACGUUAAGGACAUCAAAUGGGGCAACAAGACCUUCUGGAAAUAUCUCGCCUUGGCUCGCAACGCCUUGGCUGUCAUAAUUGGCACCUAUCUAGCUUAUGCCCUCAGUCGCGAUGGCAACCAGCCGUUUCGAGUUACUGGCAAUAUUACAGCAGGUGUACCACCUUUUCGCCCCCCACCAUUCAGUACCACCAUUGACGGUACCUAUGUUUCCUUCGGUGAGAUGAUCAGCACUCUGGGUCCCUCGUUGGGUUCUAUACCAAUGAUUGCCAUUCUUGAAAUUGUUGCAAUUUCAAAAGCUUUCUCGAAGGGCAAGAUCGUUGACGCCUCUCAGGAAAUGGUUGCUCUGGGCAUGUGUAAUAUAAUGGGCAGUUUUGUGCUCUCCAUGCCAGUGACGGGCUCGUUCACCCGCACGGCCGUUAACAAUGCCAGUGGAGUGAGGACACCUCUCGGUGGUGCCGUCACUGGCUGUCUAGUUCUAAUGGCCUUAGCUUUCCUCACGCAAACCUUUUAUUACAUACCCAAAGCUACACUGGCGGCUAUAAUUAUAGCGGCCAUGAUAUCGCUGGUGGAACUGCACAAGAUAACGGAUAUGUGGAAGUCCAAAAGACGUGAUCUUCUGCCGUUCUUGGUGACAAUACUUACCUGCCUAUUUUGGAGCCUUGAAUAUGGCAUACUCUGUGGCAUUGUUGCCAAUCUUGUAUACAUUUUGUACAGCAGUGCACGUCCACAACUAAACAUAACUGUGGAAAAGAUCAACGGACAUGAAUUUGGCUUAGUUGAAGUCAAACAAAAAUUGGAUUAUGCCUGUGCCGAGUAUGUAAAGGAAAAAGUAGUACGCUUUAUAAAUCAACAAAAUGGUGAAACCCAUUUGAUUGUGCUCAAGGGGGAAGAGAUAAAUUCUAUCGAUUAUACUGUUGCAAUGAACAUCAUCACGCUAAAGGAGGAUCUCGAGGUGCUGCAUUGCGAUCUAGUAUGCUGGAACUGGAAUAUGGGCUCGGCCGGUGUGGUCUGUCGCUUGAAGCCAGAAAUGCGAUCAAUUUUCAAAUUCAACUAUGCUAUCGAAGAGCUUGUAGCGGCCCAUUUCGAUGGAAGCCCCAACACGUCUUCCACCGUGACUAUUGCGUCCGACAAUUAAAAUGCAACUUAGAAAUGUA